AUGGCGAAGCUUGAGGAGGGAUUCCGGAAUUUUUUUGUUCAAGUCCUUGAGAAUGUGAGAGAGAGGUCUGCUUAUUCCGGCGGUGGGAACGUCGUCUUCGAUUCCAAUUUCUUGCUGCAAUUUAGCACCGUUGGUGGCGGUGGAGAGAAAGAGCUUGGCGGAGGAACGGCGGCGUGCCAAUUGAACGCGCAACCAACUUCUAGCUGCCAUUUUCGAUAUAUCUCAGCUUUUUCUACGGAAGAAGGUGCGUUUCAAUUCCGUUUGCCCCCAAACAUUUGUAGCUUCCUUUUUGUUGCUUAUACUUAUAGUGUGGAAUGGGAUCUCAGAUCAGAAAUUAAUAAGAGCCAGCUGCUGAACAUUGAGAGGAUGGGAGUCGGAGGGAGGCCCCGCAUAGGCCCUAUGAGCGAGUAUUGCGUCGACAGCCUGCGUGGGAUGAAAGGCAUCCCAGAAAACGUACUCGUUCCUGUUGGGGCAAGGUGGGGACCAAGGCAUGCACGUGAACGUGAUCUGCCCCCCGAUCCCACAGCAACCACGGUCGAUCACUCUAAACCCGUACCUCUCCGGAUUAUUGAGUAUGUCCCCUAG